AUGGAUACGAGUUGGAUUUCUUUACCAAGAUCUACCAUUGAAUAUAAAAGACGUCUUGACGAAUUUCUUGAUUAUAUCUUUUAUAUCGAGGGUAAAAAUGGACAGAUAUCAUGUCCAUGCAUUGAUUGCGGUAAUCAAAUAUGGGUAGAUCGGGAGGAGGCUAGAACACAUCUGCUAUGUGAAGGGUUUAUUAAAGGUUAUACAAUUUUCCCUUUGAAUUCCAAACCAUGUGAUACGCCUAUGUUAGAUGCUGAAGAUGACAUGCAAGGGUUGGUGCAUGAUGCCUUCCACGGGUUUGGUGAGAACAGACUAGAAAGUAAAAUAGAAACUCAAAAUGAAGGUCGGAUUAUGCCAAACACAACUACAAAAAAGUUCUAUGAAGUGUUGGAAGAUGCAAAGAAAGAACUAUAUCCAGGGUGUAAAAAGUUCUCGGUUCUUUCAUUUAUCAUCAGACUGUAUCAUGGCAAGUGUGUUGGGAAAUGUAGUGACAAGGGUUUCAGCUUGAUGCUUGAUACAGUGAGGGAAGCCUUCCCCGAUGCUUCCAUACCAAAGUCAUUGUAUGAGGUAAGGAAAAUCAUACGAGAGUUGGGACUUAGUUAUGAUAAAAUUGAUGCAUGUCCUAACGAUUGUAUGCUAUACUGGAAAGAAAAUAUCAACAAAACAAAAUGCGAUACAUGUCACACGUCAAGGUAUAAAACAAGUGAAGAUUCUAAAGAUGAGUCAACCACACCUAGUUCUGAAAAGAAGAUUGCAGCAAAGAUCUUGCGUUAUUUUCCGCUCAUACCACGAUUGCAAAGGCUAUUUAUGUCAUCUAAAACAGCUGCCUACAUGAGAUGGCACGAAGAGAGUCGCACGAAAGAUGGUUAUUUGAGAUAUCCAGCAGAUACCCCAGCGUGGAAAACAUUUGAUUUUAAGUAUCCUGAUUUUGCCUGUGAAUCUCGUAAUGUCAGGCUUGGUUUAGCCACUGAUGGGUUUAACCCUUAUAGAACAAUGAGUGUUUCUCAUAGUACAUGGCAUGUUGUUUUGAUGCCAUACAAUCUUCCUCCUUGGAUGUGUAUGCAACAACCUUACUUUUUUCUAUCUUUACUUAUACCUGGCCCAUCUGCUCCUGGGAAUAACAUAGAUGUCUAUAUGGAACCGUUAGUGGCCGAGUUAAAGGAGUUGUGGGAUAUUAAUGGAGUAGAGACUUAUGAUGCAUCAAAAAACAGUAACUUUCAGAUGCGUGCAUCUUUGUUAUGGACGAUAAGUGACUUUCCAGCUUAUGCAAAUUUAUCAGGCUGGAGCACCAAAGGUGAACUUUCAUGUCCUUCUUGCCAUAGGCAUACAAAAGCACAACGCUUAACUCAUAGCAAAAAAUAUUGUUUUAUGGGACAUCGUCGAUAUUUGUCAUGUGAUCAUUAUUUCCGAAAAGAUAAAAAGUCUUUUGAUGGCACAGAAGAACAAGAGAGACAACCACGUGGCUUAACUGGGUCAGAAGUACUUGAUGAGCUACAUGGUUUUGAAAUUAAGUUUGGAAAACUUGUGAAGAGCAACCCAAAUCUACCAUUUAACUGGAAGAAAAGAAGUAUUUUUUUUGAGCUACCAUACUGGAAAGAUAACUUGCUACGCCAUAAUCUAGAUGUAAUGCAUAUUGAGAAGAAUGUUUGUGACAACAUCAUUUGA